AUGUCGCGAUCCAUGGCGCAACGAAGCCUGACUCUCACCGAGGAGCUGGAGAAGCUGGAGCAGCAAAUCACCUUGACCCUUCAGGAAAUCGACAGCAACUUCAGCAAGGCGCAUCGCAUCGUCACCUCGAGCAUCCUACCCAUUGUUGAGGAGUACGCAAAGCAUAGCGGUGAGGUGUGGGAGGGAUCAAAGUUCUGGAAACAAUUCUUCGAGGCAUCAGCCAAUGUUUCCCUAUCUGGAUAUGAGGAGGCGCAAGAGGAGGAAGUCACACAUACGGAGACAAAUGAGUCUUUCCAGACACCAUCCGAUCGAGACGAGAGUACGGUGACAGGUGCAGAGCUGGACAAUGCGAAUGGAGAAGAGGACUUCACCGUGGACUCCCCGUCGCAAGUCACCGGCGUGCAAUCCACCCCUAAGCUCACGCCGACAGGCAGGAGAGGCUCUGCUGGGAGAAGCACAAGGACCUUCAACACAAGGCACAACAACGACCCACUGAUGCACCGUGUGCUUGACAAGAACUAUCGCGUCCAGGCCACACCGCUCACGCAACGCAAACAACCCGAGCCCAAUCGGAAGAAAGCCACACCAGCAACAGCAACCAAGAAUGCACCCUGGGACGACUCACCACAAUCUUCGCCCGAGAUUUCGGCACCGCAACUCCGCAGCGACUUCUUCUCGCCCGCCAAAACCGCCCCACGGACCCCAGGCCUGUCUGUCCUCGCCUCAGCACGCAAACCCGCCGGCGGCGGGAAAGCUCCCACAACCUCCACCGGCCGCCAGCUCUUCUCUCCUCAAGACAAAACUUAUGCCAGUACUCGCGACAGGACCUACACCUUCGACGACAGCGAUGAUGAGGAUGAUUUACCGGAAAUGUCACCGCCCAAGACGAUGCAGUUUCAUGUUCCGCAGUCGAGGUUAAUGCAGACGCCGGCGAGGGAGGCAAGUAAGCGGAUUGUGGAGGAUUUGUUGAUGACGGCCGGAGCGGACAAUACGGAUGAUAUUGAAGGAGAGGACUUCGAGCUGGAGUUGGAGGCGAGUCCGAGCGUGGUUAAACGGGCGGGAGAUUGGGAUGAGGAUACCUUUUGA